GACCACGCUGCUCCUCGAUACAUCUUCACCAAGUUAUCACCUGCUGCGAGAUGCAUCUUCCCUGCAGAGGAUGACCCAGUCCUUGAGUAUCAGUCCGAAGAGGGUCAGCGCAUUGAACCUCGAUGGUACUGUCCCGUGAUUCCGCUUGUCCUCGUAAACGGAUCAGAAGGCAUUGGUGUGGGUUGGAGCACAAGUGUGCCCAACUACAAUCCGCGGGACUUGAUCGCAAAUGUCCGGCGGCACCUGCGCGGCGAGCCCCUGGAGCCGAUGACGCCUUGGUAUCGUGGCUUCCGCGGCACUGUAGCUGCAACAGACAAGCCUGGGCGAUACGAGACCGUGGGAGUGGCGCAGAGGCACGGCUCGACGCGGAUCGAAGUCACUGAGCUGCCGGUGAGGAAAUGGACCCAGGAUUACAAAGAGUGGAUAAUGGACCAGCUCCAGGCUGCCGAUGACGGAAAGAGAGCCACGAUUUCGGAGUUCCGCGAGUACCAUACGGACAACACGGUUCACUUCAGCUUGGCCAUGCUUCCUGACAAGGUGGCUCUAGCCGAAGGGCGUGGCUUGGAGAAGUUCUUCCACUUGAAGUCCACAAUCUCGACUACGAACAUGCACCUCUUUGAUGCCAGUGGAAAGUUGAAGAAAUACGAAUCACCCGAGGAGAUCUUGCAAGAUUUCGCGAAGGUUCGCCUGGAGAAGUACGGGAAGAGAAAAGAGUACUGCAUCGAAAAGCUUCAGAAGGAGGUGGCCACUCUGACCGACAAGGCAAAGUUCAUUCGCUUGGUGGUGGAUGGCGAGCUGGAGAUUGCAGACCGGGCUUCUCAAAAGGUGUGCAACGACAUGAAGCGCUUCGGACUUCGGACGAAGCAGGAGAUCGAGGCCGGUGUCGAAGAGAAGCCCCAUGCAGCUCGAAAUUCGCGGCGCCUGCGGGCCGUGAUUGAUGUCACCGACACCGAUGUGGAUCUGGCAGGACCUCAAGGCUACGAGUACUUGCUGAAGCUCAAGCUUUGGACUCUCACGGAGGAGCGCUUGGAAGCCUUGCAGCGGCAGCUGGCCUCAAAGCGCCAGGAGCUUGAGGACCUCAAGGCAACCAGCCUGGAACAGCUGUGGGAGAUGGAUUUGGUCCGGCUGGAGUCCGCUUUGGACGUCGUGGAGGCCGAAGAGCGGAAGGAGCAACAAGAGGAUGAUGCCUCUGUGAAUCGUCAGUGUGUCCGACUCCAGGGACAUGAACAUGUUCUGGUCGUCAGUGAUGGCUUCUCUCAGAUCAAGCGCAUCCGCACAGACAAAUGGAAGGCUGUUCGGCGCGGUGGCGCCGGGAAGUCGAUUGCGGGCCACAAAAAGAAGAAGGCAAAGGCGGGGACGAGGGAGAGGCCUUACACCAGCACCUUCCAGCUGUGCUCGGUGGACGUUGUUCGGCACAUUUCGGCACCACAGGAAGAGGAGAUGGAAGCGGAUGGCGAUGAGGAACUGCCGGAUGCGAUCAGCGCCGCGGCGCAUUUCCAUUCACGCGAUUUGCGUGCCAUGGCGGCCAUAGCCAUGGCGAUACUAACCUUACAUCUCUGGAAUUCAGCUGGCGAGAGGGCAGAGUUGCAUCCGAGAGAGCUUUUACGACGACCCGUCACGAAGCAGGUAUGUCUGCUCCAGAGCCAGCGAGACAUGCAGAAGAUCUUUGUUCCCGUGAACGAUACGGACCGCGGUCACGGGGCUUCGAGGAUCCUGUACAGCAUUGGUGCGGGUCUUCACCAGCUGCCUGCGCUGCAGGCUUGCCUUGAGACCUGGGCCUCCAAGCUCGGGGAAGGUGAGAUCCAGGUCAUUGGCCUUGAUGCCAAGGACAGCCCAGUGGAGGCGAAGACGGUGCUUUGGGAUGCGGCGCGGGAGUGCCCGGACAGCCAUGAGGGCGGUGCCUGCAAAGAUGCCGUCGGCCUCGCAAACGCCUACGAGAGAGGUGUAGACUGGGUCGUGCUUCUGGGCACGGACAACUAUGUUCUGCCAGCCCAUUUCGAGAAGGCUCUUAUGAGAUUCGACCCUGCAGACCCUCUCAUCCUGGGCAUCAGAGGAUGCGGAAUGUUGGACUGUCCAGCCGGCGGCCUCUGUGGGGGCGGAGGGCAGGUCUUUAGCCGAGCUGCCCUGAAGUCCUUCUUGGCCCAAGGUCGGGAGGCCUUCCUGCAGGAGCAGAGGUCAGAAGCCCAGGCCAUUGGUGGCUGGGGCGACGUGGCAAACUGCCGAGUUGCCGCGAAACGGGAUAUACCCAUCCGAAAUCUUGUUGGUCUGCAUGCAUGGGAAGUGGAUGAGUCGAAGCUGCACAAGCGAGACCUGACCUUCCACUACGUCAGUGCAGCUGCAAUGUAUGAGAUGGACGAUGCGCACGGAAAGCAUUUGCACAAAGCGGUGCUUUUUGAAACUGGUGUGCUCGAGUCUUCCUCUUACAUCAGAGACAGGGAGGCCUAUGUCGAGGCCGAGAACAUGCGUCGCAACAGUCAGCGGAGAUGA